AUGAGUAAUGAGAAAUAUGCACUGGAUUUCCCCAACUCAAAUUACUUGAGCAAUCUAAACAAUCUCAAUGGAACGAAUCAAAAUAUUCACCUCAACAGGUUACCCACGUUGGGGGAAAUUUUGGCCAACAAGUCUAAAUCACCAGUAGACUUGUUUACUUUCUACCAGUUUAUGCAAGAUGUUGAAGGAAGAGUAGACUACUUGGACUUUUGGUUCGAUUUGAUCAAUCAUUUGAACUUGUGCAAACAUUAUGUCAAAGGUUUAAGAGAUUCCAUCGUGCGCCAGUCAUCACAUUAUCAGAAUAAUUCCCAACGACAAUCACAACCAGUCAGAGACGACACAAGUAUAGCUUCGGGGAUCAAUCAACAGGCGCAACGUAACAGCUCGUCGUCUCGAGUGAAUUCUUCUGCAACACCCAACAGAGGUGCUUUCCCAUUCAGAAACUCGAAUCCAAUAUCGGAAACUUCUGCCAAGCACAAGUCUUUGAGUUCGUCUAUUCUACUUGACUUGAUUAUUAAUGACAACAUUCUCGAAGAAAAUGAUUCACAUCGGUUAUCGGCAUUCUUGAGAGGUGAUAUAAACUUGGAUAAUCUAGACCCUAAAUUGAAAGACCUUAUUGAACAAUACAAUGCCGAAAUUGAGGCUAAUGAAGGUGCAAAUAGAGGCGUCGGUCCUUCGUCUGCGCAAAAUGUCCAAUCUCCCGGUUAUUCAGUUGGAAAAUCGUCACCUAGCUUUUUGUCAAAUUCACGAUUUUCCGGCUCGUCUUUCCACCCAAAUGAACCGAAAAGAGUUGGUUCGAACUCGGGACUCAUGAGUGAAGGCUACCAAGGUGAUGGCGAUAGUAUUGAUCAUUUCCCCCACUCAAAUGACUCUUCGUAUGAAAAUCAAUUGGAUAUUGGACAAGCUGAUCAAGCAGUGAGUGCCUCGCAAUAUGUCUCCUUGCAAACAGGUAACAAGUCCAAUACCAGUAUAGACAAAUUGAAGCAUGACUACCCCCAGCCACAAAGUCCAUAUGCGAGGGAAUUUGGCCAAAAUCAACAACGUCACUCGAAUCGAAGAGAAUCAACUGUGAACCCAUCAUUAUUGGAAAGGUUAAUUAAAGAUUCUCCAGCUACAUCACAUGGUUCUUUUAUAACCAGAAACAACUUACGAGAAUCGUCACACAAUUUGUUAUUGAAAUACUUUGUUGAAGAUUCGGAAAAGAAUUUAAAUUUACCAUCGCAUGUGAAUUCCUACAUCAUCAAGCUGAUUGAAGUGGAUGGGCGUGACGACCCUGACGUUUUCAACUAUGUCAAGCAUUACGUUUUCAAUAGAUUGGAAAAUGACCAUUUGCCCAAAUUCCUUGACUUUAUGGCCACUAGAAACAUCAACCAUUCGAAUUUCGGAAGAAUCAUUGCUGGAUUCUUUUUCUUAUUUAUUGCAUUUUGGGUAAGUUUCAUAUUGGUGUUUUUGAAUUAUCGAAAGGGGUUACGACCCGUUAUAGUUGCUCCAUUUUUGGUUGCUUUCUAUUUGGUUAUAUCAUCCAUUUAUUUGCUUGAUCCAGUCAUGGCUUGGUUUGGAAUACUGGAAACGUUUUCAAAGAAAAAUGGGCAAUCCUUGAUCAGAGUACGGGAAAAGUUUGUAUACAAUUUCCUCUUGAAGAGGAGUUUGUGGGUGUUGUUUUUGAUUUUGGUCUUGACUGCCAUAAUGACAAUCUUGUUUAGUUUAGUUCCUGGUCAUCGGUUAUAG